AUGAUACAAAUACGCAUGGGUAAAACGGACGCAAAUGUUCGGACAAUUAAAGAAUUGACAAAAAUCUGUAUCAAAUCAGCGAACAAAGGAGAACGAGGCACAAAACUAGUGCUGACAAUAAAAAAAUAUCUAAACAACCGCAAAUUAGAUCCCACCAAAAUAUUUAAAUUACUCGCAGAAACAACGCCAAUCCAACGAGAGACCAACCCUUGCAACAACAAGAAAGUACAAGAAUCACUUCAACAAAUGUGCUUACUCGGUUGUUUCUACGAACACGGCAUCGGAACACCACCGAACCCCAGCAUGGCAUUCAGAGCAUACAAGACAGCCGCGGACAGAAACGACCCGUUUGCACAAGCAUCAUUGGGAAACUGUUAUUUGGACGGUACCGGGGUGGAGAUAAAUGAACAUGCUGCCUUUUUAUUGUAUAAAAAAUCGUCAGAAUUAGGAAACAUUCGAGGGCAUUGUAAUUUGGGACAUUGUUAUCUGAACGGAUUCGGAACCAAUAAGGAUAUUAAUGAGGCGGUAAAGCUGUUUAAGUUGGCUGCUUUGUCGGGAAAUGCUGUGAGUCAGUAUAAUCUGGGAUUGUGUUAUGACUAUGGUUGGGGCGUAGAAAUUGAUGCGAAAACAGCAAUCCAUUGGUAUAAAAUUUCUGCAAGAAAUGGGUAA